AUGUUGCGAAAGCAAUCUGGAGCUUUAGUUCUCAGAGUUAUAGCUGUUGGUUUUAUUGCUGUUACUGUGAUAAAUAUUUACCUGAGGAGUAAAUCUUCGUUUAAAGGAACAACUACUGAAUACAAUUACAAAAAAAAUGACAAAUGGAUGAAAUUUCUUACUUAUUCCUGUAUUGCUAAUUGGUAUCCAAGGAUGCAAAAUGUAAUCAAAGAAAGCAAUUUAAACGAAUGUGUGCCUCUGAUUCAACAACAUUUAUAUGAAAAUGUGACAGAUAAGUUGCUGAAAAAUAUGAUAACCAAAUGUUUUCACAGCAGUAUUAUGAAAAAUCCAGUUCUAUUUAAUAUAUCAUUUAUUAAGGAAUUUGUGAAAAAUUUUAGCUGUCCAUCGCCAAAGUAUUUGAACACUCCAAGACCACUAGUUGCCUUAGCUAGUUACCCAGGUUCAGGAAACACGUGGACAAGAGAACUGAUAGAGGCAAUAACAGGUACAUUUACUGGCAGUAUAUACACUGACUGGAACUUUAAAGGUUCAAAAUUGUGUCCAGCUAGAGGAAAUGUAUACAUCGUGAAAACUCACAUUCCUAGUGAUAAAGCCACAAGUCAUGUAAAAUGCAGAGAGAUUGGUGUUUCUACAUUGAAUUACACAAAGGCUGUUUUUAUACUGAGAAACCCAUACCAAGCUUUAUUGGCAGAAUUUAAUAGGCAGCAUUCAUUAAAAUACAGUGGGAACCCUGGUGUUGGCAUAGCUUCAAAAAGCGAUUUUAAUACGUCGCGUAAGUAA